AUCACAUUUGAGCCAAACAGAAGAGGAAAGCGCAUGCGAAUCGGAAUGCCGGCAUCGAAACACGUUCCAUGAGGAAGGAGGGCUGUGUACACUAUCCGUAUUCCCUGCUUGAAAGGAAGGCUGCUGUUGAUCCCUGCCUCCUGCCGAUUGCGUCAGCAUCAGCAGCUUCGCUCAGCCAAAAUGACCAUCCCCCAGAUCGCCGGUCUUACGGUCGAGGUCCAAGCGGAGGGCAGUGGCCCCGAGACCAAGCGCGGUGAUAACAUUGACGUGCACUACAAGGGCACUCUCACCGAUGGCAAGAAGUUCGACUCGAGCUACGACCGUGGCGAGCCGCUCAAUUUCACGGUCGGCGCUGGGCAAGUCAUCAAGGGCUGGGACGAAGGCCUGCUGGGCAUGAAGGUUGGCGAGAAGCGCAAGCUCACCAUCUCCCCGGAGCUCGGCUACGGCUCCCGCGGCGCUGGCAACGUCAUUCCCCCGAACGCCACCCUGAUCUUCGAGACGGAGUUGGUCCGCAUCAGAUAAUCAAGCGGUGUGCGUCGUCAUGAAGGGUGUCUCGUUUGCGAGAAGUCAUUUCUAUUAGGCGCAAGACCUCGCUCGAGGUCGUUGCAUGGGUUCCUCCAAAUGGAGGGUUGAAAAAUCGAGACACCUCUCUCGAGCAGC